UCAUUACUAUUCUCAAGCUUCGAAUCUAUUCUUUCUUUCUCUUUCUUUUUCUUUAAUGGCGAUGCCUCCCAACGACUGCUACUUCACAUUCUCCUCCUCCUCCUCCUUCACCUGUGCUUGGGCCUCCAUGGUUCUCCACCCCUAAACUUUGCCAAAGAUCACCUGUAAACUUACAGUACUUUCUAUUAUUAAUCCAAAAAGGGAAAAUGGGUUGCAUUAACAAUGGUUUAUCUCUUUCUAUCGCUCGUUUGUUACUUGCUGAGUUGGUCUUACUUGGGUUAAUCUUUGUUUUCACUCCUGCUCAAUGCAACACUGAUUCUACCGAUGUUCAAGCUCUUCAGGUUCUGUAUACUUCACUGAACAGUCCUGCAGUGUUAACAAAUUGGGAAAGUGGUGGUGGUGAUCCAUGUGGAGAGUCAUGGAAAGGGGUUACCUGUGAAGGCUCGGCUGUCGUUUCCGUUGAUAUUUCUGGAUUAGGACUAUCUGGAACUAUGGGAUACUUACUCAAUGAUCUUAUGUCCUUGAGAACGCUUGAUUUGAGUAACAACUACAUUCAUGAUACAAUUCCGUACCAGUUGCCACCGAAUCUUAAGAGCCUGAAUGUUGCAGGUAAUAACUUAAGUGGGAGUCUUCCUUAUUCCAUUGCCAAUAUGAUUACUCUUGCUUACCUGAAUGUAAGCCAUAAUUCAUUGUCCCCGUCCGUUGGAGACAUUUUUCCGAAUCUUCCUGACCUUGAUACAUUGGAUAUUUCUUUCAACAAUUUUAGUGGGGAUCUGCCAGUUUCGUUUAGCUCGUUGGGCAAUCUUUCUUCUCUGUAUGUGCAGAACAAUCAAUUUACUGGCUCUCUUGAUGUCCUCCCGGGUUUACCGUUGAAAACUCUAAAUGUUGCGAAGAACCAUUUCACUGGAUGGAUUCCUCAAGAACUUCUUUCACUCCCAACUUUUAUAUAUGAUGGCAACUCCUUUGACAAUGGGCCUCAUCCUUCGUCACUGUCAUUUAGUCCGCCUCCACCCGGUAGAUCUCAUAAUAGGCAUAAAACUGGAUCUGGAACUCGUACGGCCCCCACACCUGAUGCUCAAUCAUCGGAGUCUGAUAAUGGCUCAUCAGCUGGACAAAUAGUAGGCAUGGCUAUUGGUUCUUUGUUGGUAGUUUUUCUGGCACUACUUGCUGUUGUUUUCUGCAUUCGUAGAAGUAAAAGAAAGGCGAGUGGCGCAAGACCUUCUAGGGGAAGUCUUUCAGUUAGCUCGAACGACGGACAUGCCAAGAUGCAAGAGCAAAGGGUUAAAAGUGUUGCUGCUGUUAUAGAUUUGAAACCACCACCGGCCAAAAAAGUGACGGUUGAUAGGAUUUCCAAAAACGGAUCAAUAAACAGAAUGAAGUCUCCCAUAACUUCCACAUCAUAUACCGUCGCGGCUUUGCAAACAGCAACAAAUAGUUUUAGUCAAGAAUACCUUAUCGGUGAAGGUUCCCUAGGUCGUGUUUACAAGGCGGAGUUUCCAAACGGAAAGACAAUGGCUAUUAAAAAGAUAGACAAUGCUGCAUUAUCAUUACAAGAGGAAGAUAAUUUUCUGGAAGCCGUCUCCAAUAUGUCACGCUUGAGACAUCCCAAUAUUGUUACAUUGGCUGGAUACUGUGCCGAGCACGGACAGCAUCUUCUGGUAUAUGAAUAUGUUGGGAACGGUAGUCUUCACGAUAUGCUGCACUUUUUUGAUGAAGGAAACAAGACGUUAACCUGGAAUGCCCGUGUCAGAGUGGCGCUUGGCACUGCCCGUGCUUUAGAGUACUUGCACGAAGUCUGCUUGCCAUCAGUUGUACAUAGAAAUUUCAAGUCGGCAAACAUCUUACUUGAUGAAGAACUCAAUCCUCACUUGUCCGACUGUGGUCUAGCCGCUCUUACACCGAAUACAGAGCGACAGGUUUCGACACAAGUGGUUGGUUCAUUUGGCUAUAGUGCUCCUGAGUUUGCGUUGUCCGGGAUAUAUACCGUAAAGAGUGAUGUGUACAGUUUUGGAGUGGUGAUGUUGGAGCUACUGACUGGUCGGAAACCACUUGACAGUUCAAGGGUGAGAUCGGAGCAAUCACUUGUAAGAUGGGCCACUCCGCAACUGCACGAUAUCGACGCCCUUGCAAAAAUGGUUGAUCCUACCCUCAAUGGCAUGUAUCCUGCGAAAUCACUGUCACGUUUCGCCGACAUCAUUGCUCUGUGUGUUCAGCCGGAACCCGAGUUUCGGCCUCCCAUGUCUGAGGUCGUGCAAGCAUUAGUGAGGCUAGUGCAAAGGGCGAGCGUUGUCAAGAGGCGACCAAGCGAGGAACAGGGAUUUGUGUAGAAGACACCCGAUCAUGAAACAGGGGGGACCUGUCAUUUUAAGGUCUAGUUGGGACUCCGAGCUAGAAAUUGAUGCCUUGCGGUCAUGUAUAUCUCACAUUUUCUCUCGAGUUUAAAAA